AUGCCUCUGCCGCCUCCUUGCAUGUCAUGGAUGGCCUCAACCUCGUACGAGCCUGGCGCCGGCAGGGCACAUCUCGGAUCUCCUGGGUGGAGCUGGAACUGGUUCCGAUCUUGGUGUCGCUUUCCAUGACCACAUACGAACGCGCCGCGUUCAAGCAUGUGGCCCGCCCACCCAGCGACAAGGUCUAUUUCAACCCCCUGGAUGACGUCGGUCGGCUCGUGCUCAACCACCAGUUCAUGACGCCCCAGGAGGCUCGCGUCGCCCUCCUCGAUACAACCGUCUACUCGAUCGGCGCGUUCCAGGACUGGGAGGAGAUCACCAGGCAGGCGGGAUUCCCGUGUGCUGCCGCUCAGAGUCGCGUGCUGUGGGUGGCACAGGCGACUGAACGCUGGAAAGUCACCUUCGAAGACCUCGUCCGACGGAAGGAGUCGACCUGGAAUCGAGCAGAGAGAAACGCCUGUGAUGCCAUCCGCCUGCUAUGGCACUCGGUCCGAAUCGGGACAGACCGGCACCGCGUGGGGACCGAGUCCGGGUGGGACACGUUUCGCGCGAACUAUGAGGAUAUCCUGGAGAUUGUCGAGCGGCUGGUCGGGGAGACGGGGAUCUAUCACGAUGAAAUAUCGCGGACGCUCACUCUGGAUACAUGGGUGAUGUACCCCCUGCAGACGGUCGCGUGGAAGUGUCGCUGGCCGCAUCUUCGACGUCGGGCCUUGGAUCUGCUGCUGCGGAUUCCGAAGCACGAGUUCAUCUUCUAUGUCCCCCACUACCACACCAUCUGUUCGCGCAUCAUUGAGAUCGAGGAGGCUUGUCUCAACUUGUCUCCGGGGACGGUCCCCAGCGAAGACCAGCUCAUCCCCGAUACCGCCCGCGUGUACGAUUUCUCCGUGGCUGCAAGUCCCACCAUGACGGAUGAGCAUCCGCUCUACUCCAUCACGUUCAUGACUCUUCCGCAUGGCACGGAAGGGGCGCCGGUCUACCACACCGAGCCGCUGUGGCUUCCUCCUCCCCCCGCCGGGGCGUCGAUGACACCCUUCAAUCUGAUGACUCGGCGGGAGUGGUCCCAAGUAGGGCGAACCAACCGGUACGCCGUCGAGUCGCUCAGCGGUGUCUGGGUCUGAAUGACGGUCUUCCGUCUGCUUUUGGAGGAAGAGGAAGCUCUCGAUGGUGAUUGAUGCUGUGCACGUCCCUGUCUUUAAAUGUCAUACCCCUAAUAGAACCACGUUAGACGAAUGAUUAUCCCAGUCGCACAGGGGAUCACCUGACGUCCAGU